AUGGCGGCCGAGGGUAAACCUCUACCUCCUCCUCCCAUCGAGUCCGAAAUGGACGCCCCUCAUGGCCAUGCAGCGCACACAUCAGAUCGUCUCAGUCCGGGCUCAAAGGGCCACGGCGGGACCUCGCCAGUGUCGACCAAUGCAGCGCUGUACAACUUCAAGCUGUUGGAGGCUCUCCGGUCGGGCAACGGGGCCGAGGUUCAGCCAUAUCUCGAUGAGCUCAAGACAGCACCAGAGGGUAGUGCCGGGCGCUUGCUCGGGAUGGCUGUGCGUGUGGCUUCUGUUCCCGUCAUCAAGUACAUUCUCAACUCGCCCAGCAUCCCAUCCCCAAACCUCCCCGUCAACCCCCCUUCCCCGGCCACAGCCCUCCACAUAGCGAGCGACAUUGGCCGCCCUGAGGUCGUCGAACUUCUCCUCAACGACCCACGCGUUGACGACACGAUCCGUGACGACAAGGGCCGCUCCGCCCUCGAAUGCUCAUCCAACCCAGAGGUCUCUGCUCUGAUUGAAGACUCGCGCGCAACCCUCCAGUCGCGCUUCCUGGUCCUCCUUUCCAGCUACGUGUCGAGUCCUCUCUCGUCCGUCGAGGAAGGUACCAACAUGCUCAACUUCCUUGACAAGCCCCGCGCCGAGGGGCUCAACCUCAACGCGCUCGACGAGCGCACGGGCACCAGCCUGCUCCAUGAGGCCGCGCGGAGGCGUGACCUCCGCCUGGUCGAGCUGGCUGUCAAGCGUGGUGCAGACGUGUUCGUCCGCGACCGUCGGGGAAGACGUGUCCAGGAGCAUGACAAGGGCGCUGAUGAGCGCAUCAAGACGUACCUCCGCCAGUUCACUAACCAGGAGACUAUGGUACAGAACAAGAGCGACGGUCGCCCGCCCGACCUCAAGGGCUUCUUAAGCAAGUGGGUCAACUACAGAUCCGGGUGGAAGACGCGCUGGUUUGUCCUCGAGAAUGGCGUCCUCAGCUACUACCGUAACCGCGAAGACGAAGAGGUCGCGUGCCGUGGUUCUAUCGCACUUGCCACCGCGCGCAUCAGCCCUUCUCCCGAUGGCACUCGUUUCGAGAUUAGCUCCAAGAUGACAACCUCUGUUCCCAAGAUCAUCGUCAAGUCGAACCUGCGCGGCGAGAUCGCUCGAUGGGCACAGGCAAUCCGCCUCAACAUGGAGUUCUACAGCAAGGACCGGCAGCUGCAGAGGUCUGGGUCUAACGCCGGUGUCGACCACUCCGACGCACGUUCUACCAAGUCGAGCAUUGGCCCUUUGGCGUCUCUGGGCGGACCUUCCGCAUCCGGCAGCCGCGGGAUUAGCGCGACGCUGAACGAGCUCCCUGCUUCGGACCAGUUCCUGCACCCCAGCCUCAAGCGCACACCCACUUCGCUGAGCGGCAUCAGCAGCAAGUCCAAGUCGGGCACACGAACCCAGAACACCGAGGUCCCGCCCGUCCCUCUCCUUCCCGACCGCUCGCGUAGACACGCACCUUCCUCGAGGAAGAGAGACAACUCACCGGGCGGCAACACCACUGCCAGCGAGCUCGACAAGAGUGACUCGGACAAGGACACUGAUGACGGCAUGUCGGGCCCCGAGACCGUCCCGCACGAGUCCGAGUUUGAGCUCAGCAUGCUGAACUUAACGGCGCAGCUUGAGCUCACUCAGCAACUUGUCGACUCGAUGGUCGUCUCUCCCGACAUUCCUGACAGAUCGUCUGUCCACGGCAGCUCGUCUCCUUCGCGCCAGCGUCAGGUCAAGGAGGCUCUCCGCCAGUCGAUCGCGACCCUCAACGGCCUCGUUCAGAGACAGCACGGCAUGACUCAGGACCGCGAACGUUACUACCAGAACCGCAUUAAGCGCGAGUUGCAGACCCGCAAGCUCUGGGAGGAGAACCUCCUUGCUGUCGCAGAGCAACAGGCUGAGACGGAAACCCAGCUCAAUGAGGCAGCCAAGGACAACGAGAAGAAGCGACGUGCUCUCCGCCAAGCGCGCUCUGUGCUCGCCGAACUCAGCUUAAGCCAGCCAGCAUCGCCUGGAAUGGAGGGCAGGGAUCCAGAGCUCAGUAUCCUCGGCGGCGCCUUCACCGCUCCUCCCGCUACUCACCAUCCCGCGAUAGGUGAUUUUGCCCCAUCUUUUGCCUUACCACCGGCAGAGGAGGCGGCUCCUGCAACUGGAGCCAGCCCGAACCUCCGUCGAUCGAUUUCGAGAAGGUCGAUAUCGAACAGAGCGUCCGUGUCACUCGGCCGUAGGGCGUCGAUCGGGCAGUACAACCGUGGUUCGAUCGGACGCCGCCAGUCGAUCUCAUUUCAGGACAUUGACCACGUUGUGGCUGCCAUCGAUGACUCUGAAGACGACGACGACGAGUUCUUCGACGCGAUCGAAACAGGAACGAUCCCGAACCUGAAGACGUUCGACACGAUCUCCAAUCCCCAGGGACCUGGGUCGCGCCCAGCCACCCCUGUCCACAUAUUGCCAGCCAAGGAGGCCAAGGAAUCUCCCCUCGGCCAGGUCGUCGCUGUCCGCCAAGCCAAGAAGGGCACCGUGGAGUCGUACCUCGCGCGCAAGAGCUUGGAGCCGUACAACCAUGUGCGCCAUCGUCUCCCCAUCGACGACGACAAGCGCCCAUCGGUGUCGCUGUGGAGUAUCCUCAAGUCGUCGAUUGGCAAGGAUCUCACCAAGAUCUCCUUCCCGGUCAGCUUCAACGAGUGCACAUCCAUGCUGCAGCGAAUGGCCGAGGACAUGGAGUACGACGCGUGCCUCACUGUCGCAGCCAGCGAGCAGGACUCGCUCAAACGUCUCGCCUUCGUUGCUGCAUUUGCCAUGUCCAACUACUCGUCGACGAUUGGGCGUAUCGCCAAGCCCUUCAACCCCAUGCUGUCGCAGAGCUUCGAGUACGCCAUCCCCAACCGCUAUCGCUACAUCUCGGAGCAAGUGUCACAUCACCCACCCAUCUCGGCGUGCUACUCUGAGGCGCCGACAUGGCGGUACUACGGCGAGGUCGACGCCAAGAACAAGUUCCAGGGACGUUACUUUGAGAUUCGACCCACAGGCGUCGCGCACGCCGAGCUGGUCAUUCCCAAGGAGUGGGUGAACCCUGCGGACAAGUACCCGCCUGCAGGCGCGGAGUACCCCGAGGGCAAGGUCCUCGAGCACUACUCGUGGAAGAAGGUAAUCACGAACGUGUCCAACUUCAUCAUGGGCAACCCGAUCAUUGACCACUACGGCGACAUGAAUGUCACGAACCACCGCACUGGUGAGACCUGCGUGUUGACAUUCAAGCCGCGCACAUGGCGCGGCAAGGACGCCUUUGAGAUCAAGGGCAGCGUGUACGACAGACAGGGCAACGUGGCGUGGGAGAUUGCUGGCCGCUGGGAUUCGCAGCUCAUUGCACGCCGCGCUGGCGUCGGUUCCGCACCGCUGGAGGUGGAUGAGUCCGUGUCCGAGGACCCCGAAUACUUGCAGCUCUGGAAGAACACCCAAAAGCCCAAGGCACCGUUCAACCUCACGCCGUACGCGGUGACGCUCAACGACAUUCCCGAGGGCCUCGAGGAGUACCUCGCCCCGACCGACUGCCGUCUGCGGACGGACCAGCGUGCGUUCGAGAACGCCGAGUACGACAGAGCCCAGUUGCUUAAGUCCCUUAACGAGGAGAAGCAGCGCGAGACGCGCCGCCUGCGCGCCGAGGGACGCAUGCAGCAGCAUGAGCCUCGGUGGUUCACGGCCAUCACGGACCAAGAUUCGGGAGAGCGCCUGUGGGAGCCCAAGCGCGCCGGCGACGGAGAGGUGCUCUUCUGGCAUGAGCGCGAGCAGCAGGGCGCCCUGCCGGACGGAGAAAAGUGGGCCGAGGUCGACCACAUCUUUGUCGACGAUGGUGAAUAA